GAGAGCUGGCGGCCGAGGAACAGCGGCCGUGGACGUGAGUACGAGUUUAUCUUUAAGGGAAGCAUUGCGCUCACAAGCACUUUGGAGUUUUAAAUGAUUUACAUUUUGAUAUUGCAGAUCUCCUUCCCCAUUUAUACAGUGAUAUUUGGUAGAUGAAGUGAACCGCUUCGGAAGUGUAAUUUCUACGUGAAAUGAUCUGGAGAAAGCCUUGAGACACAGAAAACCGUGUCUCAGAGAUCCGUCAUGUUGGAUUGGUCCUAGUAUUGUCCCACGUCAUCCUGAUUCGUACCACGAGUGACCCAGCAGUCUGGCUUCUUCCUCACUCCUGCUUCAGGAAAAUCAUUUGUCUCUAUUCAGGAUUUUUUUUAGUUGAAUAAAAGGUUUUCUCCUGUGUGGGACGUGUGGUGAGCCCAGCAUUCAGAUUCCUAACCAAGUGAAUCUCAGUUCUCUGUCAGAUGCUGUGAAUCUGCACUAGUUAUGGUUGUUAGAGGCAUUUUACAUCCAUGGUUGGGAGGAAGCCAGCCUGAUGGUUAUGUUCUUGAAGAAGUUCAGCAUCUCUGCUAAUAGCCCUCGGAUCAUGCUUCAAAGCUGUUCAUGACCCAUAUUCAGGAUUUCUUUCAAGAAGGCGUGGGCUGGUAUAAUGUAAGUGACGUUCUGGUACUUGUGAGUGGGUCUGAUUGAAAGAUCUCAAGGAAAUCUGUCUUAGGAUGUUCUCUUAAGGUCUGUAAAGAUUUCACGUUACAUUAAGUGAAUCUAAAGAAAUGUAUGGAAAGCCUGUGGUUUGUAUACGUAGAUACCUCAAGUUCCACAAAUCCUGUAUCACCAUUUUGGACUAAAACAUUCACUUUCUUUCUCCAGAUCCCCUUAACCAGCCAUAUUCUUCCUCUUUUGAGGGAAUCACCACAAGUCAUUACAAUCAUUCACCAUGUGUGCGUGAUCAGGAACAUCUCAGUACUUGGGACAUUCUGUGAGCUUCAGCACCAAUGCAUUGAAUUCUGGUAACCAACACCUGACUUCAGCAUUUGAAGACUGAAUGUGUUGAAAAGAAAACCAGAAUGGUCUGGAGGAAUAAAUGAAAACAGACCUUUGCACUGUUCAGAAACAAGUCCCGAUUUACAAACCUGGCAGAAAUUAUGUUUACAGCAGGAAUCCAGACAGCAUUGUAUUAUAUCUUGAGUGCUCUACCAAUAGAAUCCUUUGUAAAUAUCACAAGCCUGACAUUCAGAUAUUAAGAGCGGAAGAGAAAAUAUUCUUGAGGAUAGCUUUGUCCCCAACACUGGGGCAUCAGUUACAUGCCCAGAUAUUUCUAUUUCAGCCUCCACUUUUCAAUAUUGAUUUAUGCAGCUUUGUAGAAGAUAAGUUCAGAGAGAAGGUGCAAAGUUCAUAAAGAAUGACUUUGCCUUCAUAUACUUAGAAAAGAUGAAAAUGAAAAAUGCUUGAAUUUCAACUUAUAGUACUUCUUGUAUUAUACAGCAGAAUCAUGUUUGGAUGAUUAUGUUAACAUUUUGCUUUAACAAUAGCAUCACAUAAGAUGAGAUGGAAAAUCUACCUUAAGAGAGUACCUCAUCUACUGUGCAGUCUGAUGUUUUCAACAAGUUAAUAUUUCUUCAGUGUUGGACUCAAGUAUGAAAAGUUCUAUUUCAGCAAAAAGGUGAGCAUUUUUCUUCAUUGUCCCAGAAAGAUUACAUUGGAAAGUGAAAUCAGUACAGAGGAUGACUCAGUAUAACCUUUCAGCAGAGCUCUCUCUCCAGAGCUCAGCAAGUAAGUCGUUAAAUUUUACUGAAACACCACUGGCUUUGGAUGAAAGGACACUGUUAGGGCUGAAGAUAUCCCUGUCAGUCCUUCUGUCUGUCAUAACUUUGGCAACGAUCCUUGCAAAUGUUUUUGUUGUUAUUACAAUUUUUUUGACUAGAAAGCUCCACACACCUGCAAAUUACCUCAUUGGCUCCUUGGCAGUGACUGAUCUUUUAGUGUCUGUUCUAGUGAUGCCCAUCAGUAUUGCUUACACCGUCACCCACACAUGGGCCUUUGGCCAAGUGUUGUGUGAUAUCUGGUUAUCGUCAGAUAUCACAUGCUGCACAGCCUCAAUCCUACAUCUCUGUGUUAUUGCACUGGACAGAUAUUGGGCUAUCACAGAUGCUUUGGAAUAUGCCAAACGCCGGACUGCUGGCCGAGCAGUGCUCAUGAUUGCUGUGGUCUGGAUGAUUUCUAUUAGCAUUUCUGUGCCACCAUUUUUCUGGAGGCAAGUGAAAGCUCAUGAAGAAAUUGCAAAAUGUACAGUGAACACAGAUCAAAUUUCCUACACGAUUUAUUCCACCUGUGGAGCUUUCUACAUCCCAACUGUGCUUCUCCUAAUCUUGUAUGGUAGAAUUUAUGUAGCAGCUCGAUCAAGGAUUCUGAAGCCACCCUCAUUAUAUGGGAAACGAUUUACUACUGCACACCUGAUUACUGGCUCUGCUGGGUCUUCCCUCUGCUCCAUUAAUGCUAGCCUUCAUGAAGGGCAUUCCCAUUCAAGUGGAUCCCCAAUAUUUAUCAAUCAUGUUAAAAUAAAACUUGCAGAUAGUAUCCUUGAAAGGAAAAGAAUUUCUGCUGCAAGAGAAAGGAAAGCCACCAAAACUUUAGGCAUUAUUCUGGGAGCUUUCAUUUUCUGCUGGCUGCCAUUUUUUGUCAUGUCUCUUGUCCUACCAAUCUGUCAGGAUGCAUGUUGGUUUCAUCCCAUCCUACUGGACUUUUUUACAUGGUUAGGUUACUUAAACUCAUUAAUCAAUCCAGUCAUUUAUACAGCUUUUAAUGAAGAAUUUAAACAGGCUUUCCAAAAACUUACACAUUUCAAAAAGUGCUCGUCUUGA